AACGCGUCGGAGGUGAAUCUGUCGUUGUCGGGCCGUUUCUGUCUUCGUCGGCAGCUCCAUCGUCUUAGCAAUCGGCUGGCUGGCUUGGUUUAGCUUUUCGUUUACUCUUCUCGGCGCUGCUCAGAAAUAUUUCGUGAUCUUUUUAGUGAGCUGUGCUGAAUUUAAGUGACUUUUAAUUGGCGCUUUGUCGCGCAUUGUCAUCGCAUACCAUUUCAGCUUAUUUCGGGUUUUUGAUUUCAACUCGGUUUUUUAUUUCAUUUGUUUUGAUUUUAUGCUUUUGAGUAUGCAUUCGUUGUUAAACAUAUUGUUAAUUUUCCUGCUACGCCCAGCUGGAUUUGUCGCCGCACAACGUGUGCUUGCUUAUGAGCCCGGCAAGUGCGACGUUCAAAUAUCGGAGGUGGUUUUAGGCUUGGCCAAGGCGCUGUUCGGACGUCCAGUAAACGUUGACCAAGCGAGCUUAUUGCAAUUUGAUCUGUACACGCCAUUAAAUCCUCAAAAACGUCAAAUACUGCGCGCCGAAGACAUCAAACGCUUGAAGAAAUCCAACUUCAAUGGCAAGUGGCCAGUUAGAGUCCUCAUACAUGGCUGGACUGGCGGCAGCACAACCUGCUACAAUGCAGCCGUCAAGGAUGCGUAUUUAUCGCGCGGCAAUUACAAUGUCAUCAUCUUGGACUGGAGUCGACAGGCCGUCGAUAUUAACUACCAUCGGGUGUCCACACAGUUGGAGUCCAUAGCCAAGAGCGUGGCGAAAUUACUGCGCUUCCUCCACGACUAUUCGGGUGUGCCCUAUUGGAACAUCUAUCUGGUGGGUCACAGUGCGGGUAGCCACAUCGCUGGGCACACGGGGAAGCUGUUGAAGCCCGCUCAACUGGGCGCAAUCUUUGCCCUGGAUCCUGCGGGACUCACACAACUCUCGCUGGGACCAAUGGAGCGAUUGGCGCCUACGGAUGCCACAUAUGUGGAGUCCAUACAUACCGACUUGGCAUUCUUAGGCAAUCCUUAUGGCAGUCGACUCAGUCACGCCGCCUUCUAUGCCAACUGGGGACGAGGACAACCGCACUGUCCAAAUGCCACGGCCACCGAGUUUGAUAUCGCCUGUGAUCACUUUGCAGCUGUUUAUUAUUUCGCCGAAUCUGUGCGUCAUCCUAAUAUAUUUGGUGCUUUGCGGUGCAAUUCACAGAAGGAUGCUUUAUCAGCGACAUGCACUUGCAAGUCUCACAACCGCAAGGUGCUUCAAUGCCCCGCCGAUACUUUUAUGGGCGGGGAACCGGCUGUGCCCAAAAAGGGCAUCUACUACCUCAGCACGCGACUGCAACCGCCAUUUGGCACCGCCGAUGGUCUGGUUCAUAUGUAUCCACCGAUAAAAACGAAAAUUUACGAGACACGCGAAAGCCGCAGAAACGGUUAAGAUUAAUUAGGUUUUUACACGAAGCGAUCUACCAAAAAAUUAGCUGUAAGCGUAGACUUAAGGUAAGCUCUCCUCCAUUCCCGAUUUAACUCAUUUUCAAAAAAGUAGAACUUUGAUAAAACCUAUUGAAGAUAUUGACCAAUUUGAAUUAUCCUAAUUUAUCCUCCAAAGUUAAAUUAUCUUCAAAAGUUUAAAAAAAAAAAUUUUUUAACGAAUAUUAAGAUUCAAAUUAGUUAAGAGAAAUGAAAGUUUUUAAACCUAGAAUGGGAAAGUGGUCCCCUUAGUCUUAAGUUAAGAUUAGUAUUAAGGUGCUAGGUAACAAUUCAAGGGGUUUUUGUGUGUUUGGCCAGGUAUCAAUUAAAAAUGCCAGCUUGGUUUUCAAGACCAAAUCAAUAAUUUUAUAUCACCUUACACGCUUAAUCUCAGUAAUUUAAUAUGCUUUCUAUUAAGUAUAAACCUGUGAUUAAGUUAAAUUAUUGCUGAAUAAAUUUAAGUAUUGACUCGAGUG